CCUAGUGUCACAGCAGCACCAUCAUCAGGAGGAGCAGCAGCCGCCGACGCCGGGGGAAAGACGGGAGCUGUCGUGUUGUUUAUUCCACACAAGAUAAACUUUUCUCCACAAUGUCGGGAUUUGACAGCAACCCCUUCGCUGACCCAGUGGACGUAAACCCCUUCCAGGAUGCCUCAAUCACACAAGCCACCAGUGGAGCCAAUGAAAACGUUGGGGAGUACAACCCAUUCUCUGCAAGUGCAGCGGGAAACAACACUGGCACGACGAUCCCCAUCUCUGCUUCCUCCUCGCAACCCGCCAUCCUGCAGACCUCUGUGGAGCAGAGCGCACAAGCAAGUGCGGCUGCUGGCCAGGCUAACCUGAUCAAACAGCAGGAGGAGCUGGAGAGGAAAGCAGCUGAGCUGGAGCGGAAGGAGCAGGAGCUACAGAACAGGAACGCAGGCAGAUCGGGGAAUACUGGUGCUAAAGAGAACAACUGGCCACCUCUUCCUAAGUUCUCCCCCGUGAAGCCCUGCUUCUAUCAGGACUUUGAGGAGGACAUCCCUGAAGAGUACCGCAGGUUAUGCAAGAGAAUGUAUUACCUCUGGAUGUUCCACAGUGCCACUCUCUUCCUCAACGUGCUGGCCUGCCUGGCUUACUUCACUGCAGACUCUCAGUACGGCGUUGACUUUGGUCUGUCCAUCCUCUGGUUCAUACUGUUCACCCCUGUUGCCUUCGUCUGCUGGUACAGGCCCGUCUACAAGGCCUUCAGGUCUGACAGCUCCUUCAGCUUCUUUUUCUUCUUUUUUGUCUUUUUCUUCCAAGUGGCAGUGUACGUCAUCCAGACUGUAGGGAUCCCCAAGUGGGGAAACAGUGGAUGGAUCUCAUCCAUCAGCAUGAUCCGCACAAACUUGGCUGUGGCUGUGGUUAUGAUGGUUGUGGCCGGUUUCUUCACUGUAAACGCUAUACUGGCUGUCAUCCUACUAAAAAUGGUCCACUCUAAGUACAGAAGGACAGGUGCCAGUUUCACCAAGGCCCAGCAGGAGUUCUCCCAAGGAGUCCUGACAAACCGAACAGUCCAGACUGCAGCAGCAAGUGCUGCCACCUCGGCUGCCCAGGGAGCGUUUGGCAGGAGUCAGGGAAAUUAGACGGUCUCCUACAGUCUCCGUGCUUCAGGCUAGUCUCUUCUCUGACCAACAUACCAGACUAGCUACUUCCCAACAUUCUUCAACAAGUUCGGGAGAUCAGGGUUUAAUUAUUUAAUGAAAAGGGCCGGAAACAGGUUGGGUGAGGUGUAAGAAAUCAGAAACUGAAGUUGAACAAAAUGAGACAAAAAAUGAGGCAGAGUGGGUAUGACAAAAAAUAAAUUCACCUCAUAACAGCAUAACCCCUGGAAUGCAUUUAACAUAGAAUAAAGAUAUAAAUGUGGGAGUAUCUGCGGUGCACUACUGACUAAACGGGGUUCAGUUAAAAACUACAUUUAUUUAAAUCUGUCAUUGUUAAAGACCCUGCUGGUGAAAAGUAUUAGGGUUUUUCUUUCUCACUCGUCAUGUAGAAAUAACAUCAUGGGCCUCAAAAAUAAACUGUGUGUAGAGUUUGGAUUAUAUAAAAAGCAUACUUGACAUUAGAAUGUUUUACCAUCAGUGAAUGAUGGAGCCACAUAAUGUACAGGUAUGUAUACAGAUUUGUUCAUGAACAGCAGCAGGUAUUGUGUUACAGGUAACCAGUCUAUCAUUGUGCCUUGUGGGCAUGAAGUACAAUCUACACUACCGCGUUCUGUAAAAUGAGAAGCAUCCUGUCACAUGUUACACUACUGAUGGGCACAGUUGCAGUUACAUGUAAUGUUUUGAUGUGUAUAAUACUGUAUAGGAUAAGCUGAUGAUUAAUGAAGGUGACGGGAUGAAGGGUUUCUUUUUUUCUACAAUUUUAAUCAGCUUACUGAUCUAGAUGAAGUGAGAUGUACAGCUCUUCUGGGGGCAAAUGAAGAUGAGGUUUAACUUAAUAUUUUAAUUCAUGUUGAGUUGUUAAGAAUAGCAAUUAUGUCUUUCUGUCAUAGUAUGGAGCCUUGUUGUGGUUAAAAUGAAAAACAGGGUGCAGGUUUAUUGUAAAGUUACCGACAUAUUGUAGAAUUUAGACGUAUUUACUAAAAGAACAGUGCAUUCAUGAGCGUAAAGAACAAAAUAUCUGUCGAUUAUCCAUUCUUUUGACUUUGUGUUAUAGUAAUUAUACUGCAGACAAAAGUCAUGUUACUGAAUAGUCGAAGAUAAUUUGUAUUUUCUAGCUGCAACUACUUGUUAGGUAUUAGCAUUUUCAUGUUUUUUUAUUUGUGAAUAAAUGUUGUCUAAUUCUAAUCUUUUGUUACUGUAACACUAAAUCAUUUUGUUUAAAUGUAACCUCUGUGCUUUAAGGCAGAUGAAACCUACAAUUUCUCCUGUGAGGAUUUAAGCACAAGGCUGUUGGUUAUUAGUGUUUUAUCUGAUUAUGUUUGUCUUCAUAGAGAAAUUUGUUUUAUGGUGAUGAUGAUGAUCAGAAUAUGUAUUAAGGUGUGUUGUACAUAUUGGUGACUUAUUUAAAACAUAUUUACUGGAGGCUUAUUUGUUGGAAAUCGGUUCUCAGUCUUAACCUUCAAUAAACUGUAAAACUUCUUGUUA